GAUAGGACAAAAUUUUCAAAAAAAAUUUUAAGACGGCCGUCAAAGUUUAGGGGACGGAGGCGCAAUUUUGCCGUCGGGAAUCGCAAUGGGAGGAGGAACCAUUAACGACGAGCUGACCGAAGAUGAGAAGAGAGCUCUCAGAGGAAGCAAAUUCGCUCCUCUUAGUUCUCUUCCCUCUUCUUCUCGCUCUAAACCUCCCAGAUUAGCUCAUCCAGGUGGACCCUUGAAGACGAACAAAGCGGCGGCUUUAGCCAAGUUUCUAGAAAGGAAGCUGCAAGAUCCUAAUGGGUUAGCUUCCAUUGAUCCGGAUCUUAUCGAAUUGGCUGUCAAAAACGCCAAAGACACUGUUAUUUCGAGUGGGGCUUCUAGUUCAGGAAGGAGAAUCCAACACGUUGCCUCAUUCGAGGACGUCGAGGUAUCUUCUGAUGACGAUAAGAUAGAGAACACUAAGCUAAGCAAAAAGAAAAAGAAGAAAAACGCAAAGAAGAAAAAAGAAGAGAAAAAGAAGAAGAAAAACAAAAAGCAUAAGCAACAGAUCACAGUCGAUGAAGAUGCUAAGUUAAAGAGACCCAAUAAGAAGUUGAAGCUUUAGUUUGCCCUGGUCUGGCUAUACAUUACUGGUCACAUAUUUGAUGAAGAUGGUUUAGUUGGGUCUUUAGCAACAAACUCAAUCACUGUUAUAUGUCUUAUCUAAAGAAUAUGUUAGUCCAAUGGUUUUAACCAAGAUUAGCGACUUAGCGUCAUGAUCUUUCUUCUUUAUGUCGUUUAGCUGUCUCUGGUUUUGUUUGAUGAAAUCUGAGACUGGAGUUGUUUGUGAUUUUAGAACAAAUAGCUUCAUGAAUCUGUAAUAUGUAAUUUUUGGAUGGAAUAUCAAUUGCUUGUGUCGUUAGCCUUUUA